AUGCAUCAUAUUCUAGUAUUGAAAGCUGUCAAUGACUAUAUUGAAAGAUAUUCAAAUGAAUUUUUAAAUCCAGUGAAAAAAAUACAAAAGCAAUCUUUGUUGCUGGAUAAUCAUAAUAACGCUUUAACAAUAAAAGAUUAUUGGAUUUCUCUAUUAACUCUUGACCCAGACAAGUUUAUGAGAGGCUGGAAACCUACUCAAAUUCAGUUUGAUACCUUAUAUGACCAAUUGUUUCAUCAUUAUUUUUUUCAGUAUCCAAUUGAAAUCAAGAAAUAUCUACCGUCUUCCUUUCUCUGGUUUCCGCCUCAAUGGUUUGAACAAAGUAAACCCGUAGCCUCUGGUCGUAUGGGCCAAGUAUACAUAACUCAAUCUACUAAAAGACGAAAUGAACAUUAUCAUCAACUUGUCUUUGUUUCUAUGGCCGCUGAAUCAACAUUAGAGCAAUUAAUUCCUCAAGUAGAUCAAUGGUCAUUUCAAAAAAUCUUUAAAAUGGCUUUAAUGGUGGCUACAGCUGUGAAAAAGCUACACCAACGAAAUCAAGUACAUCCUAACCUUCAACCUAAAAACUGUAUGAUUUUCCCUCAUCAAGAUUAUAUAACAUUAGUUGAUGACUGGUUUUAUCCGACUCACAACUAUUGUUAUGGAAGAUACCCUUAUAUUGCUCCUGAAAUAAGGCUGACUGAAAAGGCAAAUAUGUAUUCUUUAGGUAUCAUCCUAUGGCAAUUGGCUACAGGAGUCAUUUUCCCAGUAUCGGCUAUUGUUAUACCCUCUAUAUAUAAACUUACAUCUAUCAGUCACUUUAUGGAUCCUGCUUACGAACAACUCAUCAUUCAAUGUCUUCAUAGUAACCCUGAUAUGCGUCCUACAGCAGAUCAAGUGUGUAAAGCUCUGAUAAGAAUUAUCAUGACGGAUAGAUGUCAGAAUGAUGAUGAUAAUAAUAAUAAUAGAAUGGCUUGUAAAAAGAGCCAGCAUGCAAGUGAAGUUAAAAAUCGUCAAUGGAUAAUAGCAAAAUAUCUUGGUCAAAAUAAUGAAGAUAUGAAAUAUAUGUUGUGUGGUGCAUCUAUAUCGAAACGUAUCAUGAUUCAAACUAUCUUUUCUUUUAAACACCAUCUUCACUCCUUCUUUACUCAUAAUCAUAAAGAGGAAAGACAACAAUUAAAAAAGAAAGAAAGAAGACAGUUCCAGGACACAAAGACUAUUAUUACACGAGAAAGAUACUGCAAUAAUAAUAACAGUCCUAUUCAUGGAACUGAUUUACCAGACUGGAUGCAAUUAGGAUUUGCUUAA